CGGUGCUACGGGGGGCAUCAAUAAAGCAGCUACUAGUGUAGGUUUUCUCUUCGGCCUGCUGGAUGAUGCUAUCCCGUUCUGGCGUGUGGAGUGCCCGAUUGCCACGAACGGCAACACGGUUAAGUACAGUAGAUGUCUGCAGUUUCCAGUUCGCAGCUACUAUGCCAGAAAGUCUUUUGACUUCUGUUACUAGCAAACGUUCGCAACACUCGUUCCAAGUCCAGCGUACUAAACAGGCCGUUUUUUGGUAGCCACCUUCUACAAUUCUCCGUCAUAACUUUUAAACUUUUCGGGUUACCCGAUUGACUCGAACGAACGACGAUUGGUGUGCGGGGCAUACACACACGUUCCGACGCGUUUGCCUCCUGUAUUGCCUGCUGACUGGUUGGUUGGCCUGAUCGGUCAGCCUCUCGUGUGGUUAUUUCGGUGUGUAUUAUUGCGCGCUGCUGUGUUCGGUGUGGAGUCUUCGGUCUCAUCAUCUUCAUCUUUCUACGCGGCCCAACCGAGGGAUCGUCUGCGCGCUGCUCUACACUACUCUUGCCUUCAAGUGCGGAAGAUCAAUUUAGUCAUAAUAGCGAUACGCACAGAAGCGCUCGGAAGUUAUAUUACAUCUGCGAUAUUAUUAACUCUCACACUUUUUUCGACUGUGCUGGAGUUUAGAGCGUCUUAUUGCCGUGCAGGAGCUCAGCGGUAUUCGUUGAUAGGUUUCCAAUUUUAUUGGUUAUUUUAUUGCUGCAACCUACCAAGUUUGGUAAAUCAACCGCCGUUCUGUGACCACAAGAAGAUUUUCUGCAAAAGAAUAGUGAAUUUCAAUUGAAAGUUGCGGAAGAGAGAGAAAUCCUCAUCAUUAAAGUGCCACAAAUGUACCAAAUUGUGAUAAAUGUGAGUUAAAUAGUUCAAGUACACAUCAGAAGCUUAAAAAAUAAAGUGCUCAACCAAGGAAAUUUAUUUUCCAAAUCUACACAACAGGACCAUCUCGUUUAUUUCUCACAGGAAUAUUUUUUCGACUCAGAAUCAGUUCCCAGUCGCGGAUUGCAGGAUUCCAUCCAUCGCAGUGAGAGGGUGACUAAUCCGAAGUAAGCAGACUAUAAACCAUAGCCAACACUCAUUUCGCCCCCUCAAAAAAAAAAAAAAAACUCAAAUUGCCAACAGUAAACACAUCACACCCAAUAAUUCUUCCAAAAACAAGAAACGAAACAUAAGCAAAAAAAAUCACUUCUCAUCAAACAACCUCAACAAAAAAGCCAAGAAUUUAAUCGAUAAACCGAUAAACUAAAACAAAACCCCAUCGGAAAUCACCGUUCUCAUCACCAACCCAACAACAACCAAAAUGUAUCUCGCCACGCUGCGAAUCGACAACGACAACCACGGUAGGGGCGACUUCCGUCCCAAGAUGCGGCCGAAGUGCGAGUUCGUGUGCAAGUACUGCCAGCGCCGGUUCACCAAGCCGUACAACCUGAUGAUCCACGAGCGCACCCACAAGAGCCCGGAGGUGACGUUCUCGUGCGAGGUGUGCGGCAAGUACUACAAACGGCAGGAAAAUAUCCGCUCGCAAAGAUGCAGUCAGUGUAUUUGGCGAUCAAUCCAUACGUACGGCAUGAACGGUAACAACAAUAACCGGGCAUACUGAGUGCGGCCCUGGUCACUGUUUUUCUAAUAUUAAUAUGCUAAUUACGAUUACGAUUAUUUAAAACAAAAGAAAGAGAAUCCUUACCGAGUCCGUGUAUGACGAAGAAGCAGCAAGCGAACUUGAUUGAGAAUUGAGAAGACUGCGUUGUGUGGUACAGGGUGUUUGAAAAGUAGUUACAAAGACACGGAAGCAAACCGAUCCAGUUUACAGUGUACUUAUUGAGCGUGAGUGAGAGCAAAAGUCUUAAGACAGUGUGGACGAAUGAUGAUUGUACAUUAUAUUAUUACUAAAUCAAAAGAAUACGUGCGGAGAAAAAUGUGAAGAGAAAAACUUUAAAGUUUGACUUUGAAGGCUUAAGAUCAAAAUAAAAGAAUGUGAAACUACUAUUAAUGAUAAUCUCGUUUCAAACUUGUACAUAGCUUCGAGAACAAACAGACAAUGCUUUAAACUUGUUUUUAUUGUCCUAUUUUCCAUAAUCAUUAUUUACACCGGGCAAGUUGAAAGUAAAUGAAAAUCCAACAGAUCUAUUUCGCAUUUUACGUUUAGUUACGAAUACCUAUCGCACUUUUAAUCAACCACUAUUUAGAAUGUAUGACUAAUUUAUAUUCGAACUAUUAACAUUAUAUCAUCCCUUAUUUCUUAGUUUAGUUCAUAGAGAUAUAUUUAAAUACAUGCGCAAAGUAUCCCAGUUAACUUGUAAUUAUUAGCCUUUAAUAUCAAAUUUUGGCGAACUUACUUCAUGCGAGUUUCUUUUGCGAUCCUCUGCGGUUCCCUAGGCUGUCUACUUAUAUUUUACCAUGUGAUCGACCCCAUCCCGACGAAGUUCACGUUAUAGUGCCAAGUCAUGCUGACCAUCGUCAUUGUCGUCAGUUUCGUUGAUAAAUUGAUGGAACAAGGGAAAAAACGAUUCUCAUUCAGCUCUUAACAAAUCGAACCAUGAAAAGACCAACUAAGUAAAGACUUUUUGAUCUUUUCGGCACAUUACUUCUGAAGAAAAAAAAAUCGCACCCCACAGUCAGCACGUUUUCUCCUGGGAAUCGCCUCAACUUGACAUCUAAAGAAAGAGACACUCAAAAACACUUUCAUCGUCGGUCCAUUGAGCUACUGGUUUUUUGUGCAAUAUUUUCGAGCCCAAAUUGAUCCCUGGAGAGUAGCGUGAACUUGUUGAAAUCUAUUGAGCUUAUUUUUCCUCUGACACGAAACCUCAGCAAACUUCUAGCCGUGCUUAGAAUAGAUUCUAGUCUUACCCGUGAAGAAAUCAUUGAAUAUUCGAAUAAAACGAGAACAAGCAGACGGAACAAUAGUGCCUCUUUUGUUAUCCGAGUUUUUGAGUGCUGUCCAUCCAUCUCGCAAAAAAUAGAACACAAUUUUGAAACAGUAAAUUUACAAUUCAGAAGAAUAAAAUAAAACGAUUUCUCAAAAUGAUUACUCACUCCAUAUACAGUUAUAAUUUUCGAAAAGUCAAUAUUAUCAGUAAACACAUUAAAGCAAGUUAGAAGACAAAUCAAAUCAGCGGAUGAAAACAAUCCACAUGUUAUCGAAUAAGCAUUCCACUUUAAUUGCGUAUACAAAACAUGUUAAUAUUUUAUAAUUAUUAAAUCUUAUGUGAAGCAGCGAAAGUGAAAUAAAUGCAAAAGUAAACGCUAUAA